AUGAGAGCGCGGUUGGCCCCUUUGCUCCCAGUGUGCAUUGUCGUCAUCGUCAUCACCUACCAGCCUUGUGAGCGUUUCCUGGGGAUGGGAGGGACCCCCCUCUGCCCCACUGAGAUCUUAAUCAAGGGCAAAGGGUUCCUGAAGCACAUUUCCAGAUAUGCUUUUCAUGGCGGUGUGCUCUCUUCCCCCCAGAGCUGUGGAGGAUGACGUCUGAAUCGCCUGACAGAGGUAAAGGCCUUUAUUACUGAGGACCUGCCUCUGUACCACAACUUGGCCAUGAAGCACCUGCCUGGAUCGGACCCUGAACUCGUACUGCUCAACCAUAAAUAUGAAGAGCUCCAGAGAAUCCCAUUGAGUGACAUGAGCCGGGUUGAGAUAAACAAGCUGGUGCAAGAAUUGGGAUUCUACCGGAAAGAGAAACCAGAUUCCCCUGUUCCCGAGGAGUUCCACUUGGCGCCCGCCAAGUCUCUGCCAGCGGGGGCGGAAGAAGCCAAGAGCGAACGUGCAACGGAGAGAAAGGGGGCAGGGGGUCCAGAUCUAUAGAAUUUGGCACGCUCUGCUGGCGUUCGAGAGGGGCGCAUGUUGGAAAGAAUGGGAAGCCCGAGGGCGCUUGAAAUAUCCAUCUAUAGAGAUGACCUGCAGCUACAUAGAGAAGAUCUGUUGUGGCUCAUGCAAGGUUGAAUUGUGCCACAAGAGGGAUUAAUAUUCAAGGAAGACACAAGGGCUGCAGACUUUCGCUCGAGGGAGAGAACUUGCUACCGGCAGACAGAGAAGGUACAAAAUAAAGGCAGCCGUACAUGCAACCCCAGGCCUAUCCAUGCAGAGAGAACACGGAAGAAAUGGACCGGAAGAAGCCUCAAGUCCACACAGCUGUGAUUCUGCCCUUCAUUCCAAGAACGGCUGGCACGGCUGGCACUUUCCCCUGCAGCCGCGCCUUAGCUGAGUGGGACAGGAUGAAGCCCUCCGCAGAAAGCUGUUGCUGCCGAGGGUGGAUAGACACGUCCUACCGGGCUGGGAGCGCAGCACGUCGGGGAGCAGGUCGCCGAACCCGAAUCCGUUUCGGUUAGUUACAAUAAAGCUGCCUUCGUCCAGCAAA